CUUCUCAGGAGGGGGGAGGGCAGCCGACGCUCAUUUCCAGCCACCGGAGCCAGGGGUUUGUCACUCGCCAGAGUUUCCCCUCCGAGCUGGCCGCCAGCAUGCGGGACGUGGUGGUGCUGAUCGCGCUCGUGUUGGUGUCGUGGUGCUCCGCCGCUCAAGACUACAAUUACGACGACGACGACGAUGAGACGACGCAGGAGCCUGACGUGUGCAGCAGCUGCCACGUGAACGCCACGUGCAUGGCCAAGGACGACGUCCUCAAGUGCGUCUGCAACAAGGGGCUCUCCGGGAACGGGAAGAGCACCUGCAGAGACAACGACGAGUGCCGGCUUGACGUGGAGAUGCUGUGCGGCCCGGGCACCAGCUGCUUCAACACCUUCGGCAGCUUCUACUGCCGCUGCGCCGUGGGCUACCUCUCGUCCAGCGGCAAGCGCGACUUCGAGCCCAACGACGGAACGACGUGCGCAGAUGUGGACGAGUGCGCUGGGGGAAUCGCGGCGUGCGGAGCCGGAGCCUCGUGCGAGAACCGACCGGGGGCCUUUGCGUGCCGCUGCCUGGACGGGUACGUGGCCACCAACGGCACGGAGCCCUUUCAGCCCAGGCGGGAUGGAACGUUCUGCGUCAGCGUAGCUACGUUGCAGCCUCCAACCACAAGGCCUCCAUCAACAAGACCUCCAACCACAAGGCCUCCAUCAACAAGGCCUCCAACCACAAGGCCUCCAUCAACAAGGCCUCCAACCACAAGGCCUCCAUCAACAAGACCUCCAACCACAAGGCCUCCAUCAACAAGGCCUCCAACCACAAGGCCUCCAUCAACAAGGCCUCCAACCACAAGGCCUCCAUCAACAAGGCCUCCAACCACAAGGCCUCCAUCAACAAGGCCUCCAACCACAAGGCCUCCAUCAACAAGGCCUCCAACCACAAGGCCUCCAUCAACAAGGCCUCCAACUACAAGGCCUCCAUCAACAAGGCCUCCAACCACAAGGCCUCCAUCAACAAGGCCUCCAACCACAAGGCCUCCAUCAACAAGGCCUCCAACCACAAGGCCUCCAUCAACAAGGCCUCCAACAACCAGACCAUCAAUCUUCACGUCACGACCAGCCACACAAGCGACCACCAAGCCUUCCUUGAGUCCGACAGACAAGGGGGCGGCGAUGGUGGACGCGUCACUCACAGACCUGGACUGCAACGCGCCCCCCGAGCUGAACGGGACGCGCGUGAAGCAAGUGGGCAAGGGACCUGGUGCCACCGCUCACUACAAAUGCGUCGAUGAACCGGAGGCGCAGGUCGGCCAGUGGAGCCUCGUGUGCAGUACAAACGGGACCUGGCAAGGACAGCAGUUCUCGUGCACAGGCGCGCGGAAGUCGCCGAGCGGUGCCAAAGUCGCCGGCGUCUUGGUGCUCGUCGGUGCUGCUGCUGCGUCGGCCGUAGCCGGGCUCGUCGUGUUCAUCAAGAAAAGGAGAUGUCCUGAAGGCAACAGGUACGACGUAGAGUCGUCGCGAAAGCUCGCUUUCCCCAGCGGCACCGCCGCCGUCGCCGCCUCGCCGAGCCGGGUCUGGAAAGCGCCGUCGUUGCAUGGGAAACUGAAGAAGCAAGUGCAGUCCACGGAGCUGUGACGGCUCGAGGCCUCUGCGUUCCCAAGGAUCGCGUUGGUGAUCUCUUCCCGACAGCUGCAUCCCCCCCGCCCCCCCACUCCAGCCCCCCCCCCCCCUGAAAAAAAAUUCCUUUUCAGAUUUUACUUCUGCCGCAUCAAGCAAAAAAAGAGACCCACGCAAAAGUGAGCCCCCGCUAACUACGGCACACUGGAAAGGGAUCCAUCGCCCAGAAGCAACGCUUCGCCAAGAUGUUUAUAUUAUUAAAAUGUUUACGUGUGGAGUACAGCGCGCGUGGUGGUGGGGUAAAGUGUGGGUACUUACCUCUUCCACGACGUCCGGCCUGGCGUGCGUGGAGGAGUCACACAAAAUGCCCGCUCCAGAUUAGCCGGCUAACGCGGAGGGCCUUUCCGCCAGCAGCGAAUCGUCGCAGUUCCUUGUGGUCUCAUCCCAUAGAUAAAACAACAACAAUUUACUGAUAUUGGUCAAACUAUCGCAAUGCUGAACAAUACUGCUGCACGUAGGAGGCUUUCGCGACUAAUAUUUUCCAUAAUUAGAGGUUUUUUUGGGGGGUUAGAUCGCGUAAAUAUAAAAUAUACAACUCUGGCUGUCGCCUGAUGAUGCUGGUUGUUGUUGUUGUUGUAAUUACCGGCGAAACGUCACGGUACUCGAAGCGUAAAUGUCGUAGCGGGUUUACUCUCCAACACACCGCUGUGCUGGAGUAGCCACCGUUUGGGCACGUUGUGUUUACGUGGCAAACCUCAUCAAUUGGCUGUGUCCGGGUGGUAGUGGCGUUUAUACUUCGGCGUUAUAACCCCACGCAAAAAAGACAAACCUCUAUGACGGAGAGCGGAGAGGCAUUCGACCGAGAAACCCGCACGCAGCGGGGGAUGCAUUCGAUACACGGAGGCGACUCGUCAAUUAUUUUUGCGCACAGUGACACAACAAAUCUAACCGCGCCACGGGCGAGAAUGUUUCAUCGCUCGCACAUGCAUGCUCGUUGCACG